AGGUUUGGUUUUUAUGCACCAGUUGAGUCAGGAAGUCUGUGGGAUCGGAGCCUUUAUCAAUGUCAGAAGUAAAUAUUCAGGGACUAUAAUUGAGACGUUGGUAUAAAUCUGCACAGUGCGCGGAGGCCGCGGAGGCGGAGAGAAGCGCCACCUCUCUGACACCGCCUCACGAGAGUGCAGUGGCCACCGGAGCAGUUUGCGGCAGUGACAGUUGUUGGUGGAGACGGGAUUCCAGGAGCGCAGUGUGUGCGGAGCUGCCGCGGGGACUGCGGUUCCCUUACAGUGUGUGUGAGUGAGUGAGUGAGUGAGUAGGAGAGAGAGAGAGAGACUCCUGUUACCACCUCUGCCUUUAACCUGUGUGUGGGACUGUAUUUGUAUUGUGAUUGUAUCCGAGUCUGAAACUAUGUGUCUGUGUGUGUUACUGUGUGUGAGACUGUAACUCUGUCUGGGAGUCCCACUCAAAAAGAGUGGUCUCAUGUGCUCCUGUUGGCCGGUCCUGGCGGCUUUCCGGUUUGUCUGUGUUGUUCUCAGUGUCAGGGGGUCCGGAGGGGGUCCAAGUCAAGGUUCUAAACUUUAAUAUUGGAUCACAUUGUAUUUACAGUUUUUUUUAAAAAGCACAGGGCCCUAUUACUGUGUCUAUGUCAGGGUGUGUAUCAGCAGUACGGUCUGUCUCUGACUAAGCUCACUCUUCUGUUCCUUAUCUGCCAGUUUAGACCGUGGGUUUGUCUGUCCUGUUUAUUUCUCUCUGUGUACCUGAUAGAGUGCAUUUGUCUACAGAGUCCCAUUGUCCUGGUGCUGUCUGCCUCUGGGCUCAGUGUAGGUUUUGUGCUGGUGAGGGGUUAUCUGUGGGGGUCCUGCUGGCUGAGUCUGGGUUGCCCCAGCCCUGUCUCUGUGUGUCUGUUCCCCUGUGUCUCUGCCCCAUGGACCAGUGUGUGUGUGUGGAGCGGGAGCUGGAGAAGGUGCUGCACAAGUUCCUGAUGUAUGGGCAGCACUGCGACCGCAGCUUAGAGGAAUUGCUACACUAUGUCAGUGGCCUCCGGCAGGAGCUGGCCAAUGCAGCUCACCACGAUGCCCAGCUGUCAGCAACCCUCUCGGUGGUCAUGUCACAGUGCUGCAAGAAGAUAAAAGAUACUGUUCAGAAGUUGGCAUUGGAUCACAAGGACAUCCAUGGCAGCGUGUCCAAAGUGGGGAAAGCCAUCGACAGGGUUUGUCUCUACAGAACUUUAACUACGGCUGCUAAACUGGGGAAUUUCGACGCUGAUGUUAGUGGAGUCGGGGUGGAGGGAGUCUGGGAUUCCCUCGAGAAACAGCAGUUCCUAAGUGAAGCUGUGGUGGAGCACUUGUAUCGACAGGGAUUGCUGAAUGUGGCUGAGGAGCUGUGUCAGGAAUCUGGAGUGUGCAUUGACCUGAGUCAGAAAGAGCCAUUUCUGGAGUUGAACAGGAUUUUGGAGGCACUUCGAAUGCGAGAUUUGAGGCCAGCGCUGGAGUGGGCUAUGGCGAACCGAGAAAGGUUGCUGGCGUUGAAGAGCACGCUGGAAUUCAAGCUGCACAGGUUGUACUUCAUCAGUUUGCUCACUGGCGGGAUGAUGAACCAGAUCGAAGCCCUGGAAUAUGCUAAGAACUUCCAGCCCUUUGCACACCAACAUCAGCGAGACAUCCAGGUACUUAUGGGAAGCCUGGUCUAUCUGCGGCAUGGCAUUGCAAACUCCCCAUACCUCCAUCUGCUGGGCUCCAAUCAGUGGGCAGACAUCUGCGACAUCUUCACCAGGGAUGCCUGUGCUCUCCUCGGCCUCUCAGUUGAAUCGCCUCUCAGUGUGAGCUUCUCUGCUGGGUGCCUGGCGUUGCCAGUGCUCCUGAACAUUAAAGCUGUGAUUGAGCAGAGACAGUGCACGGGAAUCUGGAGCCAGAAGGAUGAGCUUCCAAUUGAGAUUGAGCUGGGCAAGAAAUGCUGGUACCACUCAGUCUUUGCUUGCCCCAUCCUCCGACAGCAAGCGACGGACUCCAACCCCCCCAUGAAGCUGAUCUGCGGUCAUGUGAUCUCCCGCGAUGCAUUAAACAAACUCAUCAAUGGCGGAAAAUUAAAGUGUCCCUAUUGUCCUAUGGAACAAGCCCCUGCAGAUGCAAAGCAAAUCUACUUCUGACGACCAUCUUCCGACCAACUGGACAUUGUGCGUCGUGUGUGGGAGACGGGAAGUUUCCAGGAUGUAUCUGCAUUAGUACUGUAUAUGGUUUUAUCGUGAUCAGCCUAGGCAAGUAGAUGGUGUAAUGGCCUGCAUUGGGCUAAUGUGGGCUAUUGCAGUUAUUUUGGAUGGUCCCCAGAUAUUGUAGGAUCUCCAUUGGGUUUGAAUUAGGAUAGAACCUGAAUUGCCACUAACUGACUUACUUUUUUGCCCCAUUUGCAGAAGCUUAGUUUCUGCCAGGCAGCUUAGAUUCAGUUCCAAUUUGCUGCCAUUUAGUGUCGAUCACAAAUGAUGAACCCUGCAUUGCAAAGUGGUUGCAAAGCAUGCUAGAGAUCUCUAGUGCUUGUAUCACGUUUAUUGCACACGUGACAUUAUUCACUGUAUUGAACAAAAAAACUAGGACGUGCUUUUAGUUUAACUCUGUCACUGACUAAUUGGGGGAUAGUUAACGAACCUGUCCUGCCUUUCAACAUUAGCAUCCGAGUUAGUGAGAUUCUCAACCCCAGCUCCCUUCCGUUUCCCUGAGAUUACUGUUGUUUACCUGCGGUUGGGCUAUUGAGGUAUAUUGCUGGGUAAAGUAGCAGAAGCUCUGACCCAUUUUACACACACACAGAAGUAUGAUGUCUGCUUUCACUGAAUGCAAAACAAUUGAAGAGAAAGUGUGAACAUAGAGAGAGAGCCUUCAAUUGCUUAGCAAUUUCACAAUCAAUCAGUUUUUAACCCAAUAUCUACAAUCAGAGUAGGAGAACUAUAGUGAAACUAAUGUCUCUUUCUGGUAACCAAGGUUUUAAGGCAGUGGUGGAUUUCCUGCUGCUCUACUUACACAUAAUCUUGCUUGGGUGGAUUGCAGCGUUUGUGCAGAUCACUGGGUUACAAUAGGAAAAGACCGUGCCUGCUUUCUUUUCACUAACUGAGACCCUUUAAUAACUCACAUUAUAUAAUCACCAGGUCUACAAUCAAGGCCCCUGGGCGGUUUAUGAAGCUGCAACAAAUGCUAAUUUAAAGAAACAACCGGUGCAGCUAAAACCUGAUGCAAUGUGUAAAUAACUUAAUAAGAAAUGUUCUUCUCUUGAACUUCCCCAAUGACUCAGUUGGUAAAUGGUUAGAGAUGUGUAAGGUCUAAAAUUUAAUCUGUGAUUCCGAGCUGGCUGAUCUCGGGAGGAUCAACACUACAGCUGACCUGCUCUUUGUCUAGCGAGGAGCCUGAAUUUCUACACAGUUUCCACUCCUGAUCAUUAUUCAAUAAACUCAAUGGAAAGGUGUGCAAGUGUGGACAUCUAUAGAUGCAGGCUCUACUGCAAAGUGCUUUACUCGUGCAUGAGGAUUGACCACUUGGGCAGUUUACCAGAGGACCUCGGUUGGCUUUGGCACAUAAGUCGUUAUCUUUAGAAUGGAGAAAGGGGAAGGCAUGGGGAGGAAUGUUUUUUUAGUGCCUCUUUUCAGGCUCCACAGUCUAAAACUGUGAACUUGCUGUUGGUCAUAUCCCAUUGAUUCACUUGUUAAACUUCAUACAAAUCGGGCAACAAAACAAUAUAUUUAAUGUAUUGAUGUGUUUAGGUAAGAAUAGGAUUGGGGAGGGUUGGGGGAGAGGUCCAUUUUACUGCCCAGAUCUUUGCAGAUGAGAUCUGCCAGUAUAAUAUUUCACCUCAAUAUCUCCAUAUCUUGGGUUGAUUUCAGCCAGUUUGAUGGGAUGAAGGUGUCCUUAAAAUGAAUGGUCUAAAGUGGCAAAAUCUGCUGUGCAUCCUGUAAUCUAAAUCCACCCCAUUGCUGUGCACCCCUACUGAUCAAGUUUGUUGGCCAUUGUAUCACAAUAUUGGUUUGAGGAUGAGAUUCUUUCAUCAGCUGAGAAAUUCCUGUUAUAAGUGCAGAUUGUCAUAGUCUCUAUCUUAGCACUAUGAGAUCCUUUCCCUUGAGUUACUUUCUCUCCGUUUCCUAGUCUCCCCAUAUAUACGUAUUCCACAGUCCCUUGGAUGAUGCACACAAUUGGCCUGGAAAGGGUUCUUCUAAUAAUUUCAUCCUUUCACUGAUGGAAAGCACACAGUCUCCACAGGCUUUCCCAACCGAAGAAAUGCACGAGAACUGUAAGCGGGAUAGGUGACAGACAUUGGAAUGGGGAGGAUGGAGCCACAGUGAAGCUGCUCUGCUUUACAGAAUAUAAAUUGAACUCAGGGUAGUUGGACAUCACUGCCAAAAUUACUAACUUCAGAAUGUGUGAAGUUUAGCGCUGAGUUGAGAUCGUAAAGCCUUUUGUGAUGGAUACAAGACAUGCAAGCUAGAUCUUACUGCAGGGGGUUUAUAGUCGAUAUUCCUUGCCUUAAAAUUUCAGAGUGUGAGGAAUUUUGGAAAAGUCUUAUAUUUGGUCUUAAUUUGGGAGUCAGUACCCCACAGUUCAUUUUAGGAACCAACUUCCAAACGAAAACCAAAUUUAAGACAUUUUCAAAAAAAAUUCUGUGUGAACUGAAAUUUUACGACAAUAGUCUUAAGAUCUUAUGAAAUAUUGGGGCACAGAUUUGUGAAGAAAGGUGAUGAUUAGGGCCAUUGUAAUAUGUGAUCCUAGCACAGUUUUUUUUCUUAAUAAUUUCAAUGCAAGGCACGGAGAAUGGAUUUUAUAACUAUCCUCAUUUUGUAAGAAGAGGUCAGAUAGCUUAUGUUUUUCCUGCAUUAUUAGUGCCAACCCAAAUUGUACAUUGAUGUGGUUUCUCUUCUUGCUACUCAUGUACAUUUUUACCAAACCUCGAGGAGGGAGAGUAAAGGACAUGGAAGAUGUUGAGAGAGAGUUGAAAUGCUCAUUGAUAAUUAUAGACUGUUAUGUGACUUUUUAAAUUAUAAUAUGAAUAUUACAACUCACUAUUACUGAUGCUGUUAUUUUAGAGAGGUAAUGUUUACUGAAUCUGUUAAGCUUUUGUAAUUCAACUUUUUGUUUUUCUGUAUUUUGUUUGCAAUAAUAAUUAAAAAAAAUGCAAGGAAUGCUGAACUGGAGAGUUUCCCCAUUAACCUCCACAUAAUACAGCAGUGUUUGAACUCACAAGGGAGACAGACUUGGGCUGUGAGAAAGCAUUUGAUAAGAUUCCUCAUACAAAACCAAAGACCCCACAUUUCUCCCAGUCUUUGUCUUAAGACCAUUGUCUUACAAUUUAAGAUGAUGCAGAAUUGGAAAAUGAUUAAAUUGCCUAAUUUUGCGGCCAUUAUUCUGUAUCUGCUAGACCUACCCGAGAACGAAUGGCAAUCAACAUGACAGUUUUCAGGCCUCUCCACCAUCAUUUGCUGGUGCUGUUUGUACCUAGUGAGACUAUCCCCUAAUGGAACAGGAGCUUGAACAAAAGCAAUGAGUUCAAUAGAGAGAAGCCUCACAGCAAAACUUCAAGAUGUAGAGGAUCUUAAAUGUCAUUACAUUUUAUGUAACAAUUGAGUAAAGAAGGGACUGAACACAUCAUCGUAUCUUUGUGUGGCACAGAAAAUCUCCAUUUCAUCUAACCUACAGUGGCUAAAUCUCACAGUGGAGAAUAAGUGAACCAAUUAUCCACAAGUUGUGAGCUGUUUGAAGCAACUCUUUCUUCACUGGCACAAGCUGGGAUGGAAAGAGGAAAGAGCAAUUUGUGCUAAAUUUCUUUUAGUGAUUUACUUACUGGCUGGGUUAAAUUUCUAUGGUGACAACCAAACCGCAUUUUGCCCACAAAAUACAGUCAAUUCACAUUACAGUACAUUCUGUGAAGCGCUUUGAGAUAUCUUGAAGAAGUGAUAAGACGCUUAUAUCAAACUAGCUGUACUCGUUGAAGCAGCUACGCUUGCAACUAAAGGAUCCAAUAUGGAAUGUAGAUUGACAAACCGGGACGGACCCAUAGACAGACAUUUCAUCUUUAUACUCAUCUGGGAGCCCUUGUCACUCCUAGAUGCAAGAUUGUUCCCAUAAGAUAUAAAUCAUUUCUCUACCUCAAUCGGUUAUUACUUCUUGAAGUGCAGACAGACAUUUAUUAUUAUAGAUAAUAGAUAUAUAUCUAUUCUGACUUGUGAGUUCCCUAUGGUACAUGAAAUGAGCUUCUGCAUUGUUGAAUUUCAUAAUAAAGUACAAGAUCACUGUAUCCAAUCAAUGUUUUAUUAAAAUAAAAAUCACAUUGCAUAUUAUAAGUGAAUUAGAAUUAUUUACAAAUUUAAAAUAAAGCAAACA